AUGUCCAAGCCAUCACUCGAAGCCGCUGAGGACUUCUUAUCCUUUGUAAAUGCCUCGCCCACCCCUUUUCAUGCCGUGAAAUCAGUCAGAGAGCGGCUCGAGAGUGCCGGCUUCAAGCAGAUUCAGGGGCGUGACUCGUGGGCGUCCACUCUGCAGGCAGGUGGAAAGUACUUCCUCACACGUAAUGGGUCAUCUAUUGUCGCCUUUGCCAUUGGUAAGAAAUGGAAGGCGGGGAAUCCCAUCGGCAUGAUCGGUGCACACACAGAUUCGCCAUGUCUCCGCAUCAAGCCAAUUUCCAAGCGGCAGAGUGAUGGAUUUCUGCAGGUGGCUUGUGAGACGUAUGGGGGUGGCUUAUGGCAUACCUGGUUCGACCGUGACUUGAGCAUUGCGGGGCGUGUCAUGGUUAAGACGAAGGACGGGAUAAUCGAACAGCGCUUGGUCAAGGUAGACAGGCCAAUUCUGAGGGUCCCUACAUUGGCCAUCCACCUAGAGCGCCAGGAAGACUUCCAGUUCAACAAGGAGACCCAGCUGUUCCCCAUCGCAGGUUUGGUGGCCGCAGAGCUGAAUAGGCAGGGUAAGACUGAGCAAACGAAAGAAGACGAGAAGAAGAAUGGUCCAUUCGAGCCUCUUGCAACGCCAACGCAACGGCACCAUCCUUUCAUUGUGGAUAUCAUUGCAGAGGAAGCCGGCGUGAGCGCAACGGAUAUCAUGGACUUCGAAAUGGUGCUCUAUGACACGCAAAAAUCUGUGAUCGGUGGCCUGAACAACGAGCUGAUAUUUUCCCCUCGGUUGGACAACCUUGAAAUGUCGUACUGCAGCGUUGAGGCUCUGAUCAACUCCCUUUCAUCGGCAACCUCAUUGAACAAGGACGGAACGAUUCGAUUGAUUGCGCUGUUUGAUCACGAAGAGAUUGGCAGCCAGACUGCUCAGGGUGCGCACUCGAAUUUGCUGCCUUCCGUCAUUCGUCGUCUUUCUGUAUUGCCGGCUUGCGAAUCCAACUCAGACAAGUCGUACGACAGGCUUGAGGGCGACAUAGCCACGGCGUAUGAGCAAACGUUGUCAACAUCAUUUCUUAUCUCCGCAGAUAUGGCUCAUAGUGUCCACCCCAACUGGCCAGCCAAGUACGAAUCGCAACAUCGGCCAGAGAUGAACAAGGGGACGGUCAUCAAGAUCAACGCCAACGCUCGGUAUGCCACCAGUUCCCCGGGAAUAGUGCUGCUCCAAGAGGCAGCCCGCCGCGCAAAGAAGGCCUCAUCAAGCAUCUCGUCUUCGAAGGAAGGCGUUCCACUUCAGUUGUUCGUUGUCCGGAAUGACUCUUCAUGUGGCAGCACGAUCGGCCCCAUGCUCUCAGCGGCAAUGGGCGCUCGUACGUUGGACCUAGGUAACCCUCAGCUCAGUAUGCACAGCAUUAGAGAGACUGGUGGUGCCCACGAUAUCGAACAUGCCAUCAACCUCUUCGAGAGCUUCUUCGAACAUUUUGAGGAGCUGGAGAAGAAGAUAGUCGUUGACUGA